AUGCUUUCAUCUCAUGUGGAUCAUGUCCUCGCCGAUAGACUUUUGAGCCGCAGUCAACCCCACGUCGUCAAAGUCCAGACGAUCUCGGAACGAGAGGAGAUGGCGGCGGCACAGAAGGUCGGCGCAGACUUCAAGAACUACCCACACCUGGAUGCCGACGAGUUCGCAGAGGUCUGCCACCACAUCGAUCGCCGUUACACCCAAGCGACUCUGGGUCCUGUGAGGCGCAGGUGGAAGCUGGGAAUCUGCAGGGCGCUUGACGUCUCUUUCUCCACGUCUGCCGAGUACGCAACAUACGCACAGAUCAUCCGGCCGCUGGAUGGGGAGCUUGAUGAUGGGGACUUGUCUUCAUAUCUGGACAACUUCUCGUUCGGCGAAGGAGACAAGGAUUUGACUAGCACACAGGACCAUGAGAUGGCGGAGGCAGAGCAGGCGGAUUCAGCCGCUAUACACCAGGUGCAAAAGCCACCCGACUUUGGAUAUGUCACGUAUGAGAUUCAUCUUCACCCAACAUAUCGAGUACCUUGCCUCUGGUUCAGUCUGCAUGGGCUACCAGCAGACGAGCCGGCCUUCAACAUCGACACCGUCUUCCGCCGUCUGGUUCCAGACCAGUAUAAGCACGGCCUCCGUAAACUAGGUGGUAUCGGUGGAAUAUCAGCGGAUCAUCACCCUCUCACGGGUGUCCCCAGCUUCUUCGUCCAUCCAUGUCUCCUCGGCGAUCAGCUGUCGAACUUCGACUGCUCCAAAGAGAAUUACCUCAUGGUGUGGUUAGGCCUUGUCGGGGGCUGUGUUGGCCUUUGGGUGCCGAAAGAAAUGGCCUUGGAGUGA